CUCUUCCUUUUUUCCCAUCUACGAGCGACGACUACUUUCCUAUCGUCUUGUUCCUGCAUUUGAAUCUCCGUGUCUGUCUUCUGCCUCUGCAUUUCUCUAUGAUGGAGACGCCAUCCUCCACAAGACGUGUGACAAGGUCUCAGUCUGCCUCCUUGCUGAAUAGCGCGUCCAAGCUUAGCAAGGGAGGAGAUGGGUGCUCGAGAUCAAGAAGCCACAGAGCUGAUCGGCUUGCGCUUCUUGACAUCACCAACGAUUCGCCCAUUGCCGGAGUGACGACGAUCGCAGGCGAGAAUAAGACGCCUUUGUCGAGAAGGAAGACCAUCCCUAGAGCCGGCCCGGGCAAUACGCCUUGCUCCGGUGAGACGCUUCUCCGCUGCCAAGUGAAAUCGCUAUUGCAGAGAGUUGAGGAAGAAUCCGAGUUUCCAAAACUCGAGACCCAUUACCUGCAGCUGCAGAAGCUAUGUUUGGCAGGCAAAUGUUUGAUUUCACCGGCGGGUCUAUUGGCGCCGACACCUGCGAAUACACCUGAGAUCUUUUGCAAUCCACAGUUGGAGAACAAAUCCGUGCCGAAGGGCGAAGUGGGUCUAUCUUUUUUCGCUUCUGAAGCAUUUCAUCUUCCUGAGGUACUUGAUGUCCUACACGUGGAGAAGGUGAAGCCGAUUGAGAGCCCAAUCACCAGAGCCUUAACUUUUGAUUCACCUGAAAAGUCAGAAACCGUUGCUUCUGUUAACGCUACUGCAAUUGCUACCCCUUCCCUUGACUUGUCUUACCAAGAGAACUGCACUCAAGAAAAGACUGCAGACGAUGACAAUGCCUCAGAAUGGUCUACUCAUGUAAACAUAAGUUCCCCACGAUCCACAGCGGUAGACGAGGAUGAAGAUGAAUUUGCAGAGGUUGAAGAUAAAGAAGAAGAUGCUGAGGAUGAAGAAGAUGAAUUCGAGGAAUGCAAUGAGAUCGAUGACGAUUUAUGCGACGAGUUAUGCAGGGAAUUGAGCAAGAUAUGCGUGCAGGAGCCACGGGAGGGGCUUCCUCAAUUCACAGGAACUCAUACCAGAUUCCAUUACAACAGUGAUGAUGAGAUAGAGGAGGAGGAAGUUGUAGUGGGGGCUACCUCUCCUAAUGUGCUUCAUCUCAAGGGCCUGCCCACUCCAAAAGGAAAACAUCUGCGCUUUCCUGAUGAAGAAGAUGAAACAUCACGAAGUUGAGCACUGAACCAUAUAUAAACUACUGGGGAGUGCCAUCUUGACACUCUCUCAACUGGGGGAUUAAGUGGGACUCUGCAAUUCUUUCUUUCCUGCUUGGCCAUUAGGUCUAUUUUUUUGGCAGUCAUUUCCCUUUAGCCUAACGAAGAAACUCUCUCUCUCUCUCUCUCUCUCUCUCUCUUGUUUGCUUUGUUGUCCUUGAAGAUAUGAUUCUAGGAGGCAUUCUUUUUUGCUGUUUAUGACUUCUUUGUGUUGGUGUUAUAAACUUGGGUUUUUAAUGAAGUCCCAAGUGGAAACAGUUGGUUUCA